AGGACGCAACGUGUACUUGCCGGAAUGAAAACAUAUGUGUUAGAAAUGUCAGCGAGAUGACAGAGACGCUCCAGGCUGAAAUGAUUACAUAACAUUUAGGAAGUUCAUCGAUCAAGUUGGGGGAUCUAGUCAAAAUGAAGGAGGUUCACAAGGCCAGUGUGUAUUAUGACGCUGCCAAAAUUGUGGUAGUGUGCAUUUUAUGGUAUUUGUGCAGCACCACUGACAAUAUUAUUGGAAAAAUAAUAUUAUCAGAAUUCCCGUAUCCUAUGACAAUCACUAUGGUGCAACUAGCAACUGCCGCUAUUCUCCUAGGACCAAUCAUCUCAACAAUGGAUGUACCAAGUGUGACAGAAAUAUCAAGACGUUAUUACUUCACAAUGAUUUUGCCACUGGCCAUGGGCAAAUUUCUGUCAUCAGUGUCUUCAUAUGUCAGUAUAUGGAAAAGUUCAGUAUCUUAUGCACAUACAGUUAAAGCUACACUUCCAAUGUUCACUGUGAUAUUAUCAAGACUUAUUCUGGGGGAAACACAGACAAUGCUUGUAUAUUUAUCCCUGCUUCCAAUCAUGGGCGGCGUUGUCAUAGCAACAGUCACAGAGCUGGCUUUUGAUUAUAUUGGGCUCGGAAGCGCCUUAUUUGCAACACUCUGCUUCUCAUUGCAAACAAUUUUUUCCAAAAUGUGUUUGAAGGAUACCGGUCUUCAUCACAUGCGUCUUCUCGUUGUCAUCACCCGCAUCUCAACCGUCUGCUUCCUCCCUCUCUGGGUGCUCUUUGACCUGCGCAGGAUCUUACAUGAUGAACAAUUUUUAAACAGCAACAACAAGUUGUACCUGAUAACGAUGUUGAUGUUCGACGGACUCUGCAACAUGGGCCACAACAUCUUCGCCUUCACCCUCCUCUCCAUGGUGACGUCACUCAGCUAUGCUGUCGCCAAUGCCACCAAAAGAAUAUUUAUCAUAAGUGGAUCAUUAAUGGUGUUGAAAAAUCCAGUCACCCCAACAAAUAUAUUAGGAAUGCUUGUGGCAAUAUUCGGGGUGUUGUCUUAUAAUAAGGCGAAGUACGACCAGAACCAGGCCAUCAAGAGAGCACAAACCUUGCCCUAUGUCCGCAGUGAACCAGAUUUCCUCAAGCACAACACCGGACUUCCACACUCCAAGAGUGACGUCAACCUUUAUAACAGUCAAACACAACAAAAUGGCCACAUCUUGUUACGAGAAUGGCACAACAAUGAUCACGUGACUAUCAUACCUAUAGCUGAAAAGACGCCAGAAAAAGAGAACUAUUCCCUGCGACCGACAAAGUCAGCAACAACACAAGCUCACGCUCGAGUGGUACAUCAUGUUUGAUAGGGACCAUGGCUGUAAAUACACUUUUAAUAUAAAAUGUGAAAUAUUUUUGUAUGUGAUUUGGUUUUGGUGUUUAUCAUCUUCACACAACACAAUAUCACUUGGUAUUUCUUUAUAAUAUUUGACUCUUGAAAUUAACGCUCAGUAUGACUGUAAGCUUAUUUUCAUUCUGUAAAUUAAUUAUGGUCAAAAAUAGAGGUAAUCAUCAAGUGUUAUUAAGGGCUUCCAGAACUGAAGUAAGGGAUGUCCUGUAGGACCAUUACACCUCAGAUUAUGACUAUCUGUUCAGACAUUUUUGUUUGCAGAUGAGAUACUAAACUAUAUUUCUAUAUAAUGAAGUUUUGUAAAUUUAUUUUGUAAGUAAGGGUUGAUUUGUGCUGCCUUCAUUGCUCAUGUCAGGAUGAUAGUCCUGUCACACCAGCUGGCACCACACAUGCAACUUGAUUGAGUGAAUGAUAUGAAAAACCGCAUUGAUUUAAGCCGCUAAUUACAUAAAAACAUAAGAUAUGCAACACUUUUUGUGAAUUCCAGCCUCCUUUAUGGCUCACAUUUUGGUGAACUGCCAUAAAUCCCAUCUAUCAAUUACAUGGUUCUCAUGAUCUCAAAUUAUCUGCCCUUGGUUCUCAUUAGCCAACAAAUUUGCUUCACUACUCAGUCUAAAGGAACAGUAACAAUUCGAAUUAGAAAGCAGCUUCACUGUUGGGUUGUCAGCACCAUUGCACCUGUUCCGUUGAAUACAACAGUUAUAUAGAUAAAAUAUUGACUUAUUAAUUAUCUCUAUUUACUGAUCAUGUGUUGAUAAUUUACUCAUCUAGAAAACACGACAGCAUCAGGUACUAAGAUUAACGUCUUCAAUCAUUCAAGACAGUUUAUAUGCUACAAGCUUGUACACCAGACUGUCUAGACCACCACAUAGAUUCUUAGUGAAAGUAGUGAGUGACUGAGUGAGGUUAGUUUUACUUCGCUUUUACCAAUAUUCCAGCAAUAUUUCGGCAGGAGACACCAGAAAGAGCUUCACACAUAGUACCCACAUGAGGAACUGAACCCAGAUCUUCUGAGUGACGAUCGAAAGCUUUAACCAUACCCCACCGUCCCUUCAUGAAAGUACUUCAGGCUUCCUGCAUCUCACAAUGAGUUUUAUGAACAGUAAAUUGGACAGGACAUUAUACAUCAGCCUUGAUUCUGUUCAUUUAGGUACAAAUACAGCAGAGUGGAGAAAUUGUAGAAACAAAAUUCUAUAACAUUUCAGAAUGUUAGAUUUAGUUUGCAUAAACAGUGCAGGAAAAUCAAAACUACCC